AUGCUUUUCACCAAGGUCAUCGCCGCCCUCUUCCUCGCCGCAUCGGCCGCUGCCGCCCCCUUCGCCCGUGAGGCGUGCGCCUACCAGUGCUCGGACGUGUGCUACUUCCAGCGCACCAUUGACGCGGCCGUCGCGAAGGGCUACUCCCUGCACGAGGAGGGCAAGACUAUCCCAGACAACUACCCCCACCAGUACAACAACCGCGAGGGCUUCGACUUCGAGACCGAGGGCCCCUGGUACGAGUUCCCGAUCAUGCGCGGGUUCAACGUGUACGCUGGUGGCUCGCCUGGUGCCGACCGCGUCAUCUUCAACGAGCAGGGCGAGUUCACUGCCGUCAUUACCCACAGCGGCGAGGACAACAACAACUUUGGCGCUUGCUCCAUCUAA